AUGCCUUCACUUCAAAAAGGGAUCCUUAUUUUACUCACAGGUUUAAUGGAUGACCCAAAUUAUGAAAAUGAGAGUGAAGAAGCUACUUUAAUGAAAACUUUCAAUGAUUGCAGUGGAGAACUCAAAGUGGGAAUGAAAGUUUUUUCGAAAGAUGAAGCUUACAACCUCUACAAUGAGUAUGCCUUGAGAAAGAGUUUUAGCAUUUGUAGAGGAAACAAGUGUCCAGAUUUGAAUGGAAUCUUACAACAAUGUGAAUACUUGUGCUCAAAAGCUGGGUAUUGCAAAAUUGGGAGUAUUGGUGAAGUGAAAGAAUUUAAUCAUUUGGAGACAAGAACGGAUUGUAGGGCUAGAAUUCGAUUUACGAUUGAUAAUGGCAUUUGGACAAUUUCCCACUUGAAUGAUGAUCAUAAUCACAAGCUUGCAAGUUCAGAAGAGAGGCGAAAUUCAAGAUCCAAAAGGAAAGUGCUGAAAGCAUAUGGGGAUGUUAUCACCUCAAUGGUUGUGGCAAGUAUAAAACCAACACAAUCAUAUAAUUAUUUGUCUAAAGAAAUUGGGCCAGAUUAUGUUGGAUUUACUAAGGAGGAUUGUUAUAAUUAUUUGCAUGCGGAGAGGGAAAAUCUUAUUGAAGCAAGGGAUGGACAAAGUGUGAUCAAUUUUUUCAAGCGUAAGCAAGUUGAGGAUCCUAUGUUUUUCUACUCAAUUCAAGUGGAUGAAAAAAUGUGA